AUGUCUGGCACUCUCACACCGCGUAAUCAUAACCACCACACAGAGACAUUUGUAGACGAUAAAGCUGCCAGUGUAUACAGCAGCAAAGGUGAAAUCAGCAUAGAUGAGGUACCUGUCAAUCCUCAGGCCGAGCUCAUAAAGAGCGAAAGCGAAAAGAGGCUGCUCCGCAAGAUCAACUAUACACUCUUACCAUUUGUGGGCGCCAUUGUCUUUAUUCAGUUCGUUGAUAAAUCCACACUGAGUAUCUCUGCUGUGCUCGGUAUCCGUCAAGACACUGGUCUAAGUGACACUCAGUACAGUUGGCUAGGCUCCUUCUUCUAUCUCGGCUUCAUUUGUUUCCAAAUUCCCAACAAUUAUUUUAUCCAAAAGUUCCCCAUCAAGAGAUACCUUGGUACGCUGCUCUUUUUGUGGGGCAUCGUCAUGGCUUGUACUGCUCUGUGCACUAACUUUGCUCAAUUGGCUGCUUGUCGAGUGUUGCUCGGCCUGUUUGAGGCUGGCACUUAUCCCUGUCUAUUGAUUAUUGUUAACACUGUCUAUCGUCGAUCUGAACAAUCAGCAGCAUAUGGUUUCCUCUGGCUCAGUAACGGCACUGGCACCAUGGUGGGAUCUGCAUGCGCCUAUGGUAUCUCUUUCAUCAACAACGCUAAUGGCAUCCACUCCUGGAGAUGGCCUUACAUUAUUUGGGGCGCUUUGACCGUUCUCUUUGGCAUAAUCACCUUCUUUUUCCUUCCAGAUACCCCCCAUUCUUUCAUGUAUAGAUUGACUGAAGAAGAAAAGGAAAUUGUCCAAGAAAGAUCCAGAGAUAACGCAGUUGUCCGUGUGUAUGAAGUCAAGAAGCACCACAUCUGGGAAGCUGUCAAGGAGCCUAGACUCUGGCUUUUGUGUUUGUCCACCUUCUGUAACAACCUUAGCACUGGUGGCCUGGUUGUCUUCAGUACCAUCUUGGUUCAAAACUUUGGUUUCAAUCACCAAGAGUCCAUUCUCAUGCAAGUUCCUUCUGGUGCUGUUUCUGCCUUGUUUGCAGCCCUAGCUGUUCUUGUUGCUCGCAAGACAGGCCAAUUGUAUAUGGGUGCUGCCUUCUCCACUACCAUUUCUUUGGUGGGUGUCAUUCUCCUGGCUGUUCUUCCCAAUAGCGGCAUCAAGCUUCUCGGUUAUUUCCUUGCAUGGGCCAUGAACGGCACUGCUGUUAUUCUUCUCACCAUUGCAGGCGCCAAUGUCACUGGCUAUACAAAGAAGAUCUUUUACAAUGCCAUGAACUUGAUCUUUUACACCUUGGGUAACUUUACUGGUCCUUUGAUUAUGCUUGAAAAGGAGUUCCCUACCUACAAGACUGGUAUGAUCAUCUACUGUAUUGCAAAUGCUGCCAUCUUGGUGAUGCUCUUUGUUGUUCGCCAAAUCAUGGGCAGAGAGAACAAGAAGAGAUUGGCAAACCCUCCUGCCGAGAAGAUGGAUGUAAAGAACGACUUGACUGACAGAGAAAACAGAAGUUUCAUUUACAAGCUGUAA